CAGCGUCGGCGGCGGCUCUGCAGUGGAAUACUCUUUUAUUUGAGGGAAGGUGAGAGCGCUCGGAGUACCGUUCAGCGCGUGUUGAGCAAGAUGCGUUUGAGGACUUGAUCGCGGCAUAAUUGUCCCUGACCAAAGUAACUCCUGGGUUCUUCACUUCACAAAAAGCCUCACUCAAAUCCCCAGACAACACCCGAGAAAAAGGAAAUAACAUCUGUUUAUCUGCAUAUUUCUAUGUUCAAAAAACAAGAGGAGACAACACAGAGAUCGACAGAGGACAAAAAACAUCUCAGAGGAUGCAGAAUUAGAAAGAACAAAUUGCCACUAGAGGACCAAAGGGAAAUUAGACCCUUUCUCUCAAAUCCACCAGAGUGGAGUCUACUCACCUGUACCUUCGGAUUAAAGGGUAGGGUCAUGUUCCAGUUGCCAUGCGCAUCACCACGCUGACCUGCCUUCCCGGCCCUUCCCCCUUCCUCUUUCUAUUGGCCCAGCUGCUACUGCGGCUCCUCCUCCCUGGGCCGGAGUUGGUGGGAGCCGCCUCAUCCUGCCCCUCCCUGUGCACCUGUUCCAACCAGGCCAGCCGAGUGAUCUGCACCAGGCAAAACCUGGAGGAGGUGCCAGAAAGCAUAUCAGUCAACACACGAUACCUCAACCUGCAGGAGAACUCAAUACAGGUCAUCAAGUCAGAUACUUUCAAGCACUUGAGGCAUCUUGAGAUCCUCCAGCUUUCCAAGAAUCAGAUUCGUCAGAUAGAAGUUGGAGCAUUCAAUGGCCUCCCCAACCUCAACACACUGGAGCUCUUUGACAACCGCCUCACACUGGUGCCAUCACAUGCCUUUGAGUACCUCAGUAAGCUGCGGGAGCUAUGGCUGCGCAACAACCCAAUUGAGACUCUGCCAGGCUAUGCCUUCCACCGCGUGCCCUCGCUUCGUCGCCUGGACCUUGGUGAGCUCAAGAAGCUGGAUUUCAUCUCUGAUGCAGCAUUUGUGGGCCUCAUCAAUCUACGGUAUCUGAACCUGGGCAUGUGUGGACUGAAAGACAUUCCCAAACUGACGGCUCUUGUGCGUUUAGAGGAGCUGGAGCUAUCAGGAAACCGGCUGGAGAUCAUUCGACCAGGCUCUUUCCAGGGCCUAGUGUCUCUUCGCAAACUGUGGCUCAUGCAUUCACAGGUGUCCGUCAUUGAGCGUAAUGCUUUUGAUGACCUGAAAAACCUGGAAGAGCUCAACCUAUCCCAUAACUCCCUGCACUCUUUGCCCCAUGACCUCUUCACACCCCUUCACCAGCUGGAGAGGGUGCACCUCAACCACAACCCCUGGGUGUGCAACUGUGAUGUGCUUUGGCUUAGUUGGUGGCUAAAAGAGACAGUACCCAGUAACACCACCUGCUGUGCCCGCUGCCAUGCUCCCCCCUUCUUAAAGGGCAAGUACAUUGGAGAGCUUGACCAGAGCCACUUUACCUGCUAUGCGCCUGUUAUUGUGGAGCCACCUACAGACCUAAAUGUGACAGAGGGUAUGGCUGCUGAGCUGAAGUGUCGCACAAGCACCUCUACAACAUCUGUCAACUGGAUCACCCCUAAUGGCACCCUAAUGACCCAUGGCUCUUACAGGGUUCGAAUAUCUGUCCUUCAUGAUGGCACACUCAACUUCACUAAUGUCACCCUGCGGGACACAGGCCAGUACACCUGCAUGGUUACUAAUGCUGCUGGCAACACCACAGCAACUGCUGUCCUCAAUGUCACUGCUGCUGAUGCCAGUCUCAACUACACCUACUUUACAACAGUCACAGUGGAAACAGUGGAGCCCACUGGGGAGGAAGAACCUGCAAUAGUUAUCAUCAAUGAGACCUUCAUUGGCGUGCACCCAGGCCCUACUCCAUCAGGGCACCUGCUGCCAGACGGUGUUUCCACCACUGUGUCUUCUCUGUCAGCUGGCUGGUCCUCCUCUUCUCCUCGGGCUACCCGACCCACUUUCACUGUGCCCAUCACUGAACCAGGAUUCUCAGGCCUGGAUGAUGUGAUGAAGACCACCAAGAUCAUCAUUGGCUGCUUUGUAGCUAUUACUUUCAUGGCUGCAGUGAUGCUUGUGGUCUUCUACAAGCUAAGAAAGCAGCACCAGCUGCAUAAACACCACGGCCCUGCUCGUGCCAUCGAGAUCAUCAAUGUGGAGGAUGAGCUGGGUGCCGGGGCCAGCGCUCGGGGCAGCGGUAUCUCAGGAGGCUCUACUGUAACACAGAGUGGAAGCAGUGGAAUAGGAGGGGGACAGAGCCUCAGGCUGCACCAUCCAGAGAUAGUCAACUUGCCAAACUUGGCUCGAUCUGAGCACCUCAACCACUACUACAAAACACAUCACUUCAACAACAACAUGAUGGGUCUGGGUAUGGGAACAGGUUCUGGCUUGAACAACAACAACAACCCCUCACCUUGCUCACAGUCUCAGAGCACAUCCAUAUCCUGUUCCCAGGUUCCAACCGCCACCAGUGGGGGAACACCCACAGGUGGCACCCUUCCCUCUCCUGUGCCCCUGCCCCAGUUGGGUCUUCACAGUUCACUGAAAGGCCUGAUGGGGAAAGGCCAGAAUGAGCCACUGCUUUUUAAAAGUGGCUCCAAAGAAAAUGUGCAAGAGACUCAAAUCUGAGUAAAAGUGAGAGUGAAAGUAAGAGGUAAAAAAGGACAGUGAGACAGAAAGAAUCUGUGGGACAGAAUAUAUAAGACUGAUUGUAGCCUACUGGACAUUCCAGAAAAGAUGAAAUUUCACAGCCACUUGCGUUGUCAAUCUGUCGACAGAAAGAAGCAGAUAGGAAAGCUGAAGAUGAUAGAGUACAAUAUCUAAUCAGUCCCACCAGUGGCAUCUGCACAUACAUCUGCAUCAGCUAAAUCAGACAAACAUAUGCUGUAAACCACAAACAUCAGAGUCAUCCAGUUACAAUCUGCUGUAGUCUUUGCCAAAGCCCAUGAUCAUGUCAGCUCUUUCAUUUGUGACCACAACAUCAUCAGAAACCUGAAUAAUAUACACAUAAACCUUUUUUAGGUUUCAUCUAGACUGCUUAAAAUAUUUCCAGACACAUUCAGUGUAUAUAUUUGGAGGGAAACAUAAUACUGGCCAUUGAACAUGUUGUCAGAUUAGUGUUUGGCAGAGACACGGAAUAACAAACAAUGGUUUGGGUGAGCUGUACGGUCCCAGGUUUCCAGGAAGCACUAUAACAGAACAGAAAAAGCAUAAUACAGUGCAGUGAUUCUGUCCAGGGCUAAUAUUUUGCAGGGAGACAGAACAACAACAAAUAUGUUUUUCACUCUCACUUUUUCACCUUUUUCACACCUUACUGGCUACUCUUUUUGAUGAAGGAAUGACAGAGAGCGUUAUAAAGAGAAUAAUAAUCUUUUGGUGUAAAGGACAAUGAGAAAUUAAAAAGGACUGAAAGUACAUAUUAUAUAUACCGUAAAUAUAUUUUCAUUCAAAGAAAUAAAUUAUAAAGAAUCUUUAUCAAGCUUCUGGAACUACAACAUUUAAAGAAUAUAUAUAUAU